ACUACUCUGCAAUCAGUGCAGUCAGUGAGGUCCUGCUGCUUGAGGGAGGAUCCUUCAGGAACCUGAAAUAGCCCUGUCAGUAAAGUGUUGAUCUCUUAGCUUCUGCACGGAGGAUUUGAGUUCCUGAUCAGGUGCAGGCUGCAGUGUUUAUUACCUGCAAGAAGAACUCAAUGUAUAAUAAUAAAUUUCAGUUCAUAAAUCCCAGGAGAAAUGCUAAGGCAUCAAUCAAAACAGCUGGCACUCCACAAGCAAGUGCUAAUGCUACAUGACUGAUAUUAAACAUCUGAUCUUCCAGCUCUUCCUUCUGCAAAAUUCCCAGGGAAUACAAAAAUAAUUUCAUAUGUAAAGUAUGAGGGUUUAACUUUUAAAGAAUUUAUUGUUACAGCCAAAUAGAAAGAGACAUCAUUUCAGGCAGAGGAAACUGUGAGCUGAAAUAUUUUAUUCUGUGCUCUCAUUUAGGAUAUGGGAAUAGCCUGUCUCUAAACUCGUGAGAUUUGGCCACCUGUUUUCUUUGGAAAGCAGUGGUUCUUACUGGAUGUUUGGAUGUCUCAACUUGGACACGCCCUUUUCCCUGAACAGACGUACCAUGUGUGGACUUCUUUCUCCUUUGUUAGAGCUGGCAGUGGAUGUCAGAUUCUUUUCUCUAGGAAAUGUGUGAGCUUUUAUGCUGUUUCUUCUCUUAAUUGAUAUCUUUCCCUUGCCAAAGAUAAAGCCACCAACCCAUCCAACAGGCAAGAAGACUGGGAAUACAUCAUUGGAUUCUGUGACCAGAUCAACAAGGAACUUGAAGGGCCUCAGAUAGCUGUGAGACUCCUGGCUCAUAAAAUCCAGUCACCACAGGAAUGGGAGGCAGUCCAAGCCUUGACAGUAGGUGCUGGAAGCUUGUAUGAAGAAUUGUGGGAGAAGAUUUCAUAAUGAAGUUGGGAAGUUUCGCUUUUUAAAUGAGUUAAUAAAAGUUGUGUCUCCAAAGUACCUGGGGGACCGAGUCUCAGAGAAGGUGAAGUCCAAAGUGAUUGAAUUGCUGUACAGCUGGACUGUGGCAUUGCCAGAGGAAUCCAAAAUCAAGGAUGCCUACUACAUGCUGAAGAGACAAGGGAUUGUCAUGUUUGAUCCUGUGAUUCCUGCAGACAGAACACUGAUUCCUUCCCCACCACCUCGUCCCAAGAACCCAGUGUUUGAUGAUGAGGAGAAAUCCAAGCUUCUAGCCAAGCUGCUGAAAAGCAAAAACCCAGAUGAUUUACAAGAGGCAAACAAACUUAUAAAAUCCAUGGUAAAAGAGGAUGAGGCUCGGAUCCAGAAGGUGACAAAGCGCAUGCACACGCUGGAAGAGGUGAACAACAAUGUGAAGCUGCUGAAUGAGAUGCUGGUUCAUUACAGCAAAGAGGACUCAUCAGAGGCUGACAGGGAGCUCAUGAAGGAGCUCUAUGAAAGGUGUGAAACCAAAAGACGGACGCUGUUCAAGCUGGCCAGUGAGACAGAGGAUAAUGACAGCAGUUUGGGGGAUAUUCUGCAGGCCAGUGACAAUUUAUCACGUGUGAUAAAUUCCUAUAAAAAAAUAAUAGAGGGACAAGUGAUCAAUGGUGAAGUGGAUCUCCCUGGGAUGUCUGUAGUGGAAGGGAGUAACUCCACCAAUAAUCUCAACACCCUGAUUGACCUCGCUGGACUGGACGUCAGCAGCGCGCCGCCGCCCCCACUGCCCCCCAGGAGCCUGGCAGCAGCCCCCAGCCCAGCCCCUGGCCCAGCUGAGAUCCCCAUCCUCCCUCCUCCUCCCCAGGCGUUCGCGCCGCCGCACAGCAGCUCCGCCAGCCACGGGGAAACGGCACCCACUCAGCAGGGCAGCACAACCAACUCCCUGUCCUUGCUGGAUGAGGAGCUCCUGUGCUUGGGCCUGAAUGACCCAGCCCCUGCAGCAGGGAAGGAGACCUCAGAGAACAACCAGUGGAGCAUGUUUGAGAAUGAGCAGUUGGACCUGGAUUUCUUUAAUCCGAAGUUGGUGACUGUUGCUUGCAACCCUGCAGGGAACCCUCUUCUCCAUCACACAUCACAGACCACGUGUGGGACAUCAGCCACGCUGCCUUCUGCUUUCCCAGCCUCCCAGACUGCUCCCAGCAUCCCAGCACCAAACUCAGCACCGUUUGUAUUUCCUGCUGUACCAGCUGCCCCUGCAGGGCCUCCUAAGAAUAUUCCAGCUGCUCCUGGGUACUUCAGCUCGUCUGUGGGGGGCAAUAUGUCACAUAAGAUGGAUGCAUUGGGACAACUCCUUGAAGAAGCCAAAGGGAGUGCCACCCAAGUCAUGGCAACACCUUCAGUGUUCCCUGGGGUGACUUUGCCAACCACUGUCACUCCUGCCCCAUUAGCAGCACCUGCAGGGCUGGCAGCCACUGCCUCUGGGGCCCCACCAGCUCCCUUCCCAAGCAGCUGCCCUGCUGGAUCAGGAAGUCCUCUCUUCCAGCCAACAUCAUUCCAGCAGCAAGGCAGUCCCAUGAAAGCACCUGAAAUUUCUUUGGCCAAUGUCCAUGUUCCCUUGGAAUCCAUUAAACCCAGCAGUGCCCUGCCCGUGACAGCCUACGACAAGAACGGGUUCCGGAUCCUGCUGCACUUUGCCCGGGAGUGCCCGCCGGGGCGCUCGGACGUGCUGGUGGUGGUGGUGUCCAUGCUGAACACGGCGCCGCUGCCCGUCAGGAACAUCGUGCUGCAGGCGGCCGUGCCCAAGUCCAUGAAGGUGAAGCUACAGCCACCCUCUGGCACUGAGCUGUCUCCAUUCAAUCCCAUCCAGCCACCAGCUGCCAUCACCCAGGUCAUGCUUCUGGCAAAUCCUGCGAAGGAGAAGGUGAGGCUGAGGUACAGACUGACCUUCACCCUGGGAGAUCAGCCUAGCACAGAAGUGGGCGAAGUGGAUCAGUUUCCCCCGGUGGAGCAGUGGGGGAAUCUAUGACCUUAGGACACUGCCAGAGACUCUGACAGGACCAGGGCAGGAUCCCACAGGACUGGAACGGAUGUGCUGUGGGGAGGGACACACAUGCUAUCCACUGGUGAUGUUCAGCUUUGUUUACAUGUCCUGACCACUCUGCUUGUAGCUUUAGUCCAGAAUGUUGUGCCCCACAUUUGAAGGGGCCCUGGAACACUUAUGCCAAGCAUGAACUGAGAGGCAGCCAGCGACAGGUGGUGCUGGCUGCUUUUACUUUGACCUCUGGGUGAAUCUGGUUCUAUCUUCCACUCUAUUAAACUUGAAGUUAUUGUAUUUUGAGGGAAGACCUGUCAGCAGAAGGGGAUUUAGUUGGCUUUUCCUGCACUGCUGUCCAGAGAUCCCGACAGGCUGUGGGGUGAUGAUGCCGCGAGCUCAGCGCAGAGCCCUGACAGACCCUCCCUGGGCCUGUGACCUCCUUGUGCCACAUGGGCCCGUGAGCAUGCUGAGCAAUAAUGCUGCUCCAUGAGGGAAUGCUUCCUUUUUUACACUGAAACAGCACUUAGCUCCCUUCCCCCUCUCCUGCUUCAUUCCCAAGGGCCCGUGUAAGCAGCCCCUUGCUCCGUGUGUGCCAUACUGCUAUAUCUUUACUUGUUAUAUUUAUUUUAUGCUGCUGGCUGCCACCCUGGGGCAUCCAUUUGGGGCAGCUGGUGCUGAGUUUUGUCUGCAAAUGGUUACACUGGUUAUUUUUUUGCCUCCAUUGCAUUCCAUAGUGUGGGGAAAAGAGGAAAUGCAUAGUGAGGAGGAAAAAGGGCUGGAGGGUAUUGGUCAGUAUUGGAGGAGGACAGCACCUGGAGCACAGAACUGUCUUUACAAUCACUAGUCAGGGCAGGUGACUGAAUCCAGGGAAAAGGAGAGAUGCCUCUGAUGUCCCCUCAUGCAGGCAGUAUUACUGGUAUAGUCAAAUACUGUGUUUUAUUGAGCUGAGUACAAUGACCUACAAGAUGUAAAUAAUAGAGCCGUAGAGUAUUAAAACAGAACAAGCAGGCAGAGAAAGGAAGAGGCUCCCCUGGGCUGUGAUGGGGCAUGUUCUGGGUUAAUGCCUCAUUUUCUUUGUUCCCUGUAUUAAGUGGCAAAGUGCAAUUGUCCCCACAAAGGGGAAAACAGUUUUGCUGGACAUCAUUGCUAACAGAAGAGCUGAUCCCUUAGCUGCAACCUCCUAGAAAAAAGGUUUAAAUCACCAAAACUUGGUUCCAGCAGCCCCUUCUUUCUUCUCAGUUUCCAGUCUCAAGCAGUGCCUCAGUGAGCCCUGACAGACUGUUGUAAAUUAAUGGGGGUUUUUAACACCCAUUGACACGAACACAGAGAGGUGCCUGCUCAGUCUUUGGACACUCAGCUCUGCAUUUCCAGCAGGGUUGUCAAGCAACAGCUCUUCUCAUACGUGGAGUGGGAGCAGCACAGAGAAAAGCAGUACAGAGGCUCCUGCCUCAUGAAGGAAAACUCCACAGGAGAACAUGAUGCUGGAAUGAAUGGUGGCUGUAAAACCAUUGCUGCAAACACAGCUUGCAGUUAUUCAUAGUUGAAUUUUCUUUACUAUGCUGCAGAGUAAAAUCCCUAUAAAUGAAAAAAUGGGAUUCACAAGCCUCAGGCCCUCAUCAGAGGCACCAGGCAGCUACAGGAACCCCUGAAGGUGGAAUCCAAGCUUGUCCUGGUCUGAAGCCUGUGGAGAUCUCAGCCUUGUCAGCUCCCUGAUGCAGAAGCCAGGGGAGAGGGAUGGGUUGUUUGGAUCUUAAAGAAAGCUGUUUUAAAUUGAUGGGCUGGGAGAUAAUGGACAAGGAGAGAAUUCUUUCUGCCUCAGACAUGUUCUUGCCAGCACUUUAGACACAGUAGGCAUGGGGGCAGUGCCUGGGUGGUGUGUCCUGAGGAGCAGGGUCACUGCUUCCCUGCACGUGGAUCUCACUGUGACUUGGAGGAAGGCAGGAGAGCACAGGUGCUUUCAGCAGCAGCAGCCACCCGGACAUGGACACGCACCACGGUCCUGCUGCUUUGGAAAUUAAACCAUGAAUGUUCCUUGUCUGUAGGGUGAGGUUCCUGCUUCAUCCCCAGCAGUCCUACCUGUACAUACAUCUCCAAUGCAUUUGUGCUGCUGCAUGUUGAAUAAAUCAUUUUCCCUA